UAACGAAAGCGGCUACUACCAAUCUGGGCUUUAUGGUGUUUUUUCUUUUGCUAUGGACAAUGUUUUCUUGUCGUUGGCUGGAAAUCACCCACUAAUGGAAAAUGGAAGGUUCCCAGUUAUGGUUCAAAACCCACAUUUCGCUUCUUGGACACAACUUUCUGCACAGACAGCUGGGAACGCAGCUGCUGCGGCAGCCGCUGCAGCUGCAGCAGUACAACCAGGAACAGGGGCACCAUUCCAGUUUCCAAACGCCAAUUCGUUUCAACAUCUUCAGUCACCUGAUUCAUCAACUGCCACCUCUCGUAGUGUCAAUUUAGAUAAUUCUGCUUCGGUCAGUGGAACAAGUAAUAAUUUUUCACUUGGUUUACAAUCAACAACACCUUUAACUUUACAACAUUCAAUCCCAUCACAAACUCAUGCACAGUCACAACAACAUCAACAGUUACAUCAACACCAAAUACAAUUACAACAGCAACAACAACAUCAACAUCAGUUACAACUUCAACAACAAAUUCAGUUACAGCAACAACAGUUUAGACAACAACAGUUACAACAACAUUCGCUACAACAACAAGCCAGACUUUCAAACCCAUCUCAGCAGCAACAACAACAGUUGCAUCAGCAUUUACAGCGCCAACCUGUUGUUCCUCAGUCACAACAAAUGAAUCCGAUUUCUGGUGUUAGUCUCCAGACUACCAGUACCAAUACAUCACAAUCAUUACCAACUAUUUUGGAUACUACUGGUUUUGGUAUGCAAAGUUCACCAACACUGCAGACAACUCCGGCAGUUCAUAAUCAACUAUCUCCUCGGACAUCUAUACUUAAUAUAACAAAUUUCCCAUCAUUUACCACUGUUACCACUUCAGUGAAACAGAAACGAAAGUCUAAAACCACUAGUAAAAAGCCUCAAACAGAGGUUAUAUCCAGCACUACUGUUCUUAGCACAAGUAUUCCAACUUGUGAUGUAGUAGGUACAUUAUGUCCCACUUCUGCAGUAUCAUCAUUUAAUGUGAUUCCAAUGAAUGGUAGUUUAUCAUCAAUAUCAUCGACUGGCCAAACUAAUUCUAUACCAUCUAAUGCAAUUACAUCAAGUAGUGAGACGUGUGUUUCACCAUUACCAACUGUACUUUCACCAUUACCAACACUUCCUGAAGAGAUUUUAUUAAAGAUUGAUCCUUCUCUGGGUGAUCCUCCACCACCACCACAUGCAGAUAUAACUAUUACAAAACCUUAUCAAUGUGAUAUAUGCUUCAAACGAUAUUCGGGUAUGAAAUCAUUAAAGAAUCAUAAACUAACUCAUUCUGAUAUCCGACCUCAUAAAUGUUCUAUAUGUGGUAAAGCAUUUCUUAGGGCUGAUAAAAUGCGUCUUCAUGAGAUUUCUCACUUAAAUGUUAAACCGUUUGAAUGUACUACUUGUAAACAACGUUUUACUCGUUCUGAUAAAUUAAAAAUUCAUCAUCGUACUCAUACAGGUGUUCGCCCAUAUGCAUGUACUUUUUGUCCUAAGCGCUUUACAAGAUCCGAUAAACUUAAAAUCCAUGAACGUAUACAUACUAAAGUUAAGCCAUAUGAAUGCUCCCAUUGCGGAAAAUGUUUUGCUCGUUCAGACAAAAGAAGACUACAUGAGAAAACUCAUAUGUAUGGACCUAAACCUCGUGCUACCGGUGGAAAAAAAUCCAAGACUACAAGUACAGCAUCUGCGGCUGCAGCCGCGGCAGCAGCUGUUGUUGCUGCUGCAUCAGCGGCGUCAUUUCUAAGUGUUAACUCUAUUGGAAAAACUCUAGGUCUCCCACUAACUGUUGCCAAUCCUUCUAUCAGUGUCAAUAAUUCUUCAUGUAGUGUGUUUGAUUUCUCUUCAAUCACAAAUGUUUGUACAACUAGUCAGAGUAAUGUAUGUUUUUCAUCAUACCAUAAUGUUAGCUCAGCUCCAUCUAAUAUGAAUGAAAAGACUUCUGAUGCUCAACAGAUCCCUUCUUCUUUGUCUACAAUUUCUUUCCCUUUGCCAACUUGUCAACAGUUGCAUUUACCAUCACAACAUCAUUCUACUUUAGCUUCACUUGCAGGAAUUGCUCAGUAUCAUCCAGCUUUAUUUUCCGCUCAUCCGCGUCAAUUUUCUCAUACUGCAACAGCAGCUAAUCCUGUUUCUUUUUAUCCCACAAGCCAAACUACUUCUAUGGGGUUUACAACAGCUAAUUCAGGAUCUUAUCCUCAUGCGCAAGUAAUGCCCUUUCUAGUCAAUUCUAAUAACACAAGUGCAUCAUCUUCAAUCUCAUUUUUGGGAUCUAAUGCGGUUUCGGACAGUGGCAACAAUAACUGUUCAGUUGCUAACACUUCUGGUGCCUAUCAAAGCUCUUCUCAGAAAAUGGGAGCAGAUGUAACUUCAUUUCCGGUUAGUACGUCUGGGUUAACACAGCGAGCUGGAAUAUCUCCGAUUUCUGAUCCUGCCUCUGUGAAUCCAACAUCGACUACAGUAGCGAAUACAAAUAUUGCAGCUGUAAUGGCUGCGGCAGCAUUAGGUCGUCAAUUUCAUCAAACUCAACAACAAUAUCCGCAGAUAGUAGCUUAUUCAGCUUCUCAACAAAUCCCUAAUGUUUCAGCUUUUAUUCAUCAACAACAGCGCCAACAACUCCAGGAAAACCAACAAUCACAAGAAACUGGACAACAACAAAGUCAACAGCAGGCACAUUUUGUUCAUCACCAAACACAAUCUAAACAAAUCCAGUCACAACAGCAUCCACCUCAACAGACACAACAGCAACAACCUAGAUCUCAAUUCCAAUUCUACCAACCUCAGUUUGCUCAUCAGUUUCAACACUCAAGUGGCCAGUUACAGCAAGAUCAUCAACAUCAAAUGCUGCAACACCAACAGCAAGUUAUUCAGUUGCAUCAACAACUUCAACAACAACAGCAACAAACUCAACAACAAACUCAGACUCAUCAACAACAACAACAGCUUAUGCAACAACAUUCCGCCAUGCUUCAACAACAGGGUCUUAUUUCACCUGCUCAUUCUGGUACAUCGGUUGCUGCGUUCAGUUUAUUCCCUCAAGCAGCUGCACAAUUUAUACCUGGUGUAGUACCAGCUCAGUAUGCGGCAGCGGCAGCAGCAGCAGCAGCUCAUUCAACGCAUCAACAGUAUAUGCAAGCACAACAGCAACAGUAUUUGGCUGCAGCCGCUGCCGCCGCCGCAGUUGUUUCUUCUUCUUCUUCGUCUUCUGCACCAAUUCAUUCAUUGACACUUACAACAUCGCAUCAAUUAAAUAACACAACAACAAUUACACCGACAACUAGUUCCAUUGUCGCUUAG